AAAUAAUCAUUUUAGAUUUUUUUUAUUUGUAAGUGAACUAUAAGGUUGUGCAUAUACAGCGUGUGUGAAAAACGGUUGUGAAUUCUUUAGUUUUGUGACAGUCUUGUUGUGAGGACAAGGUGGUUAGGCGCCGGCGCCAGUCUCAGUGUAUGUGAUGCGAUGCGCGACAAAAUUGCCGCGUUGCUCCGCAGCGGUGUGCGUGCGCCAGUAGAUGACAAGCCAGACAAACUGCACAAUGACAUUGCACCCGUCCUACUCAUUUCAAAUGGAGGGAGCACACGGGAGGGACUGGUAUGGCGCGGGGGCUCCGCCGGCUGCGACGCCGAAGACACGACGACAGCAGCGCUCGCCGACGGCAACGCCAACCCAGGAGACAAGUUGGAGGGGUCGGACGCAGCUCCGGACGACCCUGUUCACCUCAAGAGACGGGUGGGACUCUUCAGUGGGGUGGCUCUAAUCGUCGGAACUAUGAUCGGAUCUGGAAUAUUCGUGUCGCCCUCUGGGCUGCUGGAGCGCACGGGCUCGGUGGGCAUAAGCUUCAUCAUAUGGAUGGCCUGUGGCCUGUUGUCUCUGCUCGGUGCGCUGGCGUACGCGGAGCUGGGCACGAUGAACACGUCGUCGGGCGCGGAGUACGCCUACUUCAUGGACGCUUUCGGGGGACCGCCGGCCUUCCUCUUCUCAUGGGUGUCGACGCUGGUACUGAAGCCGUCCCAGAUGGCGAUAAUCUGCCUGAGUUUCGCCAAGUACGCGGUGGAGCCGUUCGUCAGCGAGUGCGAGCCGCCAGACGCGCUCGUCAAACUCGUCGCUGUUAUAUCUAUUGUAAUGAUCCUGGCGGUGAACUGCUACAGCGUGAACCUGGCCACCAACGUCCAGAACAUCUUCACCGCCGCCAAGCUCGCCGCCAUCGCGAUCAUCGUCUGCGGCGGCGCGUACAAACUGAUACUAGGUAAUACGCGACAUUUACAGGAGCCCAACUUCGCAAGUAGCACGGCGACUCUGGGCAACAUAGCCACGGCUUUCUACACCGGCCUAUGGGCCUACGACGGUUGGAAUAACCUCAAUUACGUCACUGAGGAGAUUAAAAAUCCAUCCAGAAAUCUACCAUUAAGUAUUAUAAUCGGGAUUCCCCUGGUGACGCUGUGCUACGCGCUGGUCAACGUGUCGUACCUCGCGGUGAUGUCGGUGAGCGAGAUGGCGGAUAGCGAGGCUGUUGCCGUCACCUUCGGCAACCGGCUGCUGGGGCCGAUGGCGUGGCUGAUGCCGCUUGCGGUUACAAUAUCAACUUUUGGAUCCGCGAAUGGAACCCUGUUUGUUGCUGGAAGGUUGUGUUUCGCGGCGUCUCGCGAGGGCCAUUUGCUGGACAUCCUGUCGUACGUUCACGUGCGACGCUUCACGCCAGCCCCCGGACUGAUAUUUCAUUCUCUAAUAGCAGUCGCGAUGGUGCUGUACGGGACCAUCGACUCGUUGAUCGACUUCUUCUCGUUCACGGCGUGGAUAUUCUACGGCGGCGCCAUGCUUGCGCUCAUCGUCAUGCGCCGCACCAAGCCGCACGCGCCCAGACCUUAUAAGGUGCCAAUAAUAAUACCGUACGUGGUGCUACUGGUGUCUGCAUACCUGGUGGUAGCGCCCAUCGUGGACAAGCCGCAGUGGGAGUACCUGUACGCCGGAGCCUUCAUCCUGGCUGGUCUACUGGUGUAUCUGCCCUUUGUGAAGUGGGGAUAUUCGUUGCCGUUUAUGGACAAGAUAACAGUGCUGCUGCAAAUGGUGCUGGAGGUUGUGCCAACAUCAACGACUUUCGAAUACUAGAGUCCUCGCCGGACUGUAAACAGCUCUGUGAAUAUACGCGUAUAAAUGUUAAUA